ACUGAUCUUGCUUUCUUAAAAAAUGAGUAGACCCACAAACUUUGGUAAAUCUUCUCGAGAGUCUUGUGCAAACAUGAGCAUUGAAUACGGACACACUGUUGAAUCACAGAACUAUCAUACUCGCAAGUGUAGCAUCUCACUUGAAUGGCUGCCUACUGGUGGCAGUCACGGACUUGUCUUUGAUGAAGCGCAUCAGUCUCCAGCUGCACAUUUUGUGCCUAUUCUCAUGUGCCAAGGACCCGGUAUUUGCUCAUGAAUAUCAGCGCUACACUAACUAUCCAUGCAAUCCAUGCAUCUCAUCUUUCUUCCGCUUCGUUCGCGGCAAAUCAGGCAAGCCUGAGGAAGAUAAAAGCGUCGAGGUCGUUGAAACCAAGCAAACGGCCCGAAUUGAGGAAUAUCUUGGCGUACAUGCUACCUUGGAAUAUUACCGCGCAAGAAGUGGCGCAUCUGCAUCUUCGGCGACGAUACUUUUGCGCACCAUUCAAAAGAAGGCACGCCAAGUAUGAUGCUAGCCUGAACUGCGCUGGGCCAACCAUCCCUUUGCCCCAUGUUUGUGUCUAUCAGUGUCUUGACGGUCUAUUCGAGCAUCUC